CGCAAGAACGAACAAUAGCCAAUAAUAAAUCAAAGUGGAUCGGAUUUAUAAAACCUCGCUGUCAUAUUCUGCCAACUUCUGUUUGACAUUUUAGCAAACACAGGUGUGUGUGCCUUCUUGAAACAAACGAACACACACAGCAGCAAACCACUGCUGUCAGGGGAAAGGUUGAAAAAAGAUGCUGCGUGAACGAACACAGAAGCGUCGUGAAAACUGCAGACAAAAAGUAUAGCUUAAGAACGAAGAUUGAAGGACAAUGUUAAGGAUCGUUCGGUACUGCUGCUUUCGUUAUUUAGAAAUAUAGUUUGUCGCACUUAUUGUAAGGGCUUGUAGUAGUUAGUGUCGAGGAAUUGAGAGUCGUAUUUGCAGGAAGUAUUUGGCUUGCACCUAUGACCGGAAGAGGUGUCCUUCAUAAAUGUUGCGCGUAAUGUUGGGUGUUUAUUAAUUGCCCAACUUUGACCACAAAGCUGUUUGUUUGGGUUGAACAGCAUAUCAAGAUGGAAUUGGCGACAGAACAGGAACCCGAACCGGUCGGCGAUGAUGAUCCGGUCGAUGUUCCGAAUAAAAAUCCCGAGACGUACUGCCGGUUUUGUUUUUCGGAGAAUGAAAUAGAGCCACUCUUUUCGUCGAACGGUACACAAGCAAGUGCCGAAUUACUGCAACGAAUAUACGAAUGUAUAGGCAUCAAGCUAACAAAGAAAGAAUACUGCCCAAGCAGUAUUUGCUGGUCCUGUACGCUUACCAUGGAAGAGUUCCAGUGUUUUCGCAAACGCUGCUUGAAAUUUGACGCUCUAGUCCGAAGCCUACGGCCGAUGGUGAAAAACGAACCUAGCUACGGAACCACUACACCAACUGAGUUUUUGCUGAAAGAGCAAAAACCUACCGUUAAGCAACAGAACGCGGUAAGCGUUGUCCGGCAGGAUAAGGGUGGUGGUAGCGCACCAAUAGCAGCAGCUUCGUCGAAUUUGCUGAAAUUUAAAUGCCCGUUUUGUCCGCGACAUUUUAAGCUCAAAAUGUAUCUGGACCAGCAUCUUUGGAAACACAGAGACAGAAUCGCACAGGAGACGGGAGUUGCGCCGAAAAGAUCACACAUGAACGGCGGAAGCGCAGCACCCGUUGUGAAAGCGGCAGUGGUUCGCACUGCUGCACCUACACCUCCUGCUACUAGCGCUACAGUAGAUCGUCCGAUUAGUUGUGAAUACUGUCCACGCAAGUUUACACGCCGGAUGUACUACAUGCAACAUCUCCGUAGACACAAACCAGACGAGCGGUUAUUUCGCUGCCGACAUUGUCCGCGCAGCUUUACCUCACAGAUGAGACGCACCGGACACGAGCGUAAGAUACACGGUCAGGCAAGCAAUCCGAAACCAGAGGAAAAGGACACCUUCUCAUGCCCAAAGUGUUCCAGAGUAUUUAAACAUCGCUCAUCGUUACGUAUGCAUUUGCUGAAUCAUGACGGUCAACUGCCGUACGGUUGCGACAUAUGUAAUUGUCGCUUUUACAGUGUGAGCUAUCUAGCCCUGCACAAAAAGCGCUAUCACGGACCGAACGCCGCCCGGUCAAUGACGAACGGUACCUCCAUUCCAUGUCACUACUGUUCCCGUUGGUUUUUGCGCGAGUGUGAUCGCUCGAGCCACAUCAAACAGAUGCAUGCGGAUAUGCACGCUAGCAAGGAAUCUGCAGCCGGGUUUAACCAACUGCUCGAAGAUUGCCCACCAGCAGACAGUGAGGGGCUUACCGAUCCCGGAAUACUGCUACCGAACGUGCACGAACCGAUGAUGGUGAUCAAGGAGGAGGAACCAGAUACGAAUGAUCCUGCUCCACCAGCUGCUGCUGCACCCAACGCAGCAGUUAGCGAUCCGAGCGCAUUUCAGUUCUACUGUUAUUCCUGCGCGAUGCCUUUCGACACGGAGGAUAUGUACUCAGAGCAUUUAGAUGACCAGCAUCCGUUUGGAGGUGAGCAGCUGAUGGAUCAGCUGGAAGCGUCAUCCACGAUGGAACAGGAGGCGAACCUAUUUAAGUGUCCGUUUUGUCCAAAAACGUUUACGCGCAAAUGGAGCAUGACGCAACACAUUCCAUCACACAUAGCCAAGAAAGGAUACCAGUGUGAGUAUUGUCCUGCCAUCUUCACGCGUAACGAAUACCUGCGAACGCACCGGAAGCGUAAACAUCCGACACUACCCGAGACUGGUUCGUACAAAUGCGACUACUGUCCGCGAUUGUUCCAUAAAGCGCGCUACAAGAAAGUGCACGAGCGUAUUGCACAUAUAAAGAAGGGGGACACGUUACCGGAAGGUGACGACACGGAAAGUGAAGUAGCGGCAAUUAACAGUACGGUUGAUAAGAUGGAUGAGAGUAGCAGUAGCAUGGCGGCACAAGAAUUACUUUCCCGUGCGUCCGACAGUUUCGACCAAACGUCUAACGAUGCGCAAAGUGUGAUUUCUACACAGAACUAUGCGGAUUUGGAAGCAUCGUCCCGGCUUGCUGUUGUAUUGGAACCAUUCCCGGUACACGUGUUGGAAGAAUAUCGAUGGCAAUUAGAGGCAUACGCCAGUAUGCCUCCGCAAGAGUAUAAGCUGGAAUUGAUAGAAACUCCAACCGAGCAUGAGAGAAUCAAUGAGGCCGAAUAUUAUGAUGUCGACGAUGAGGACGAUGAUGAUGAAGAUGAUGAGUUGGGUAGCAAUGCAACGGCUUCGGUGAAUCAAGAAGCAUCGAAUGACUCCACGAAACAACACCUGUUGAAAAGGAAGCGAAGCAAAUUCGGCAUCACGCUUCAUCCGUGCCCACACUGUUCGAAACUGUUUAAAUCUCGCACUGCUCUGCGAUCGCACGCACUGUACCACAGUGGCGAAUUGCCACAUCGUUGCGACGAGUGUGGCGUGCAGUUUAUGCGUUACAAUCAACUGGAGUAUCACAAGACCAAAUAUCAUGGUGCCAACAGUGCGACAAUGGCUGCCCGCUACAGCUGCGAUUAUUGUCCACGUAUUUUCCUGCGCAAACAGGACCGUACCACGCACCAGAUGAUGGUACACGCGCGCGAUCAGGCUGAAGCGAUCGAUGCGUCGCCCGCGCACGGGACGAUGAAGAAAUCCAAACGGAAGGAUUAUGUUUGCCGAGUGUGCGACGCGGACUUUGAUAAGUAUCGAAGGUGUCUACGACACAUCACGGUGCAUCAUCCAACAGCCGAUGGUGGACCGGAAUAUAAACCGAUCAAACUAUGCCAUUGCCCCAUAUGUUCGGGCAUCUACAAGAAAAGGGAAGAUUGGCAUGAGCAUCUGACCGAACAUCCGAGUGUGCGGCCGCACCAUUGCGAGCAAUGCAUUCGGAGGCGAAGGAAAGCGUCCAGCCGGAAACAGGUACACCGUUGCUCGUACUGUCCGAAAGCGUUCGAACACAAACCGAACCUGGCGUCGCAUCUGCGAAUACACAAGCAGCAGUUACGGUUUCCCUGUGGCGAGUGUGGCGUAAUGUACGAUCGGUACCGCGAUCUGUUGACGCAUCAGAGCCGUUAUCACUCAGAGAAUCCUUCCGAAAUAGCAGCCCGUGAACCGCUGCAAAGGUGUAACUUUUGUCCACGCGUCUUUACGCGUUUGCGCGACGUCAAGUAUCAUCAGGAGCAGGUGCAUGCGGAUCAAGUUAUACCUCCGGGCAACGUGGAGGAUACUAAUGAACCGGACGACCUGGAAGACGGUGGUCCUGUGACGUUCGGUUUCGGUCCCGAGAUGUUUCCCGAAACCAAUCUGCAUGAAAUGCUGAACGAAGUUGAACACCCGAUAAAACCUGAUCCCGAUCUAGACCUCACCACAUCGCAGUAAGAUUAUGAUUCUCUUGUUUAGUGCUACAUCGUUUCAUUUAAACGCAAUCCCAAUAAUUUAUCUUGCUAACAAUUUACCUUGGAAGCGUAGUUUUAUCAUCCAUCUGUGAAUAGCAAGUAACCGUUUCAUCACAACUACAGCCUACCAUUAAAACGAGCGUUCGUUUUAUCAACCAAAUUGACUCGCCGCGACGCAGCAUAUUACAAUUUCGAACAAACGAUCAGAAACUGUCGCUAUGUACAGCUAAGUGGUAAUAAAUAAGACUUAACAGUGACUAUUGCCGAGCGACUAACUUCCGUGUUUUUGAUCGAGGCAGAUAGAUUGUACGUAAAUAUAUAGGCGUAGUUUUGCUUACAUUGAUAUUAUUAGGAAUAAAAGAAUAAAAAUGGCACACCAAGAAGAAA